AUUCCAUGGAUCUUAGAGUAAUAAAAUAAUUAUAUCCCUUCCAUGGGGCAGGCAGGAUGAGAAAAAAAAUUUAAUUGAAAAUUUACUAAACUUUUUUGGUAUUUUUUGUUAUUUUUAUUGUUUUUUAUUUUGAUUAAUAAUAUAAGCCAUCUUUUCCUUUACUUUAUUUUAACUUGUUUUACUUUUUAGAAUUUCAAAACUCGCUUUAAAUUAAGGCGUGCCGUUCUGCCCUGGGUUCCAUAGCUAAAAACGUAAAAAAAAAUUUUUAUUUGAUUAACCGAAGAAACACGAGAACAUCAGAAGAAUACUAACGAGGAAACCUCGAAGGAGAAAAAAAUUAGGAAUGAAAAUCUUGAAGCAGGACUAUCAAUUUGAAUAGUUUAUUAUAAAAUCACUGCUUCCUGUCAACCAAAGGGAACAUCCAUGUCUUGGGCAAUCAUAGAAAUGCAAAAAUUUCUUGAAGAAGAAAUACUUCCACGCGAUAGUAAACACUCUUUUUUAUGGUGGCAAGAGCAUAAACAAAUUUAUUCAUAUUUAUCCAAAAUUGCCCAAAAAAGACUAUGUACUUUGGCGACAUCUGUUCCUUGCGAACGUUUAUUUUCCAAAGCGGGACAAGUUUUAACCGAACGCAGAAAUAAAAAGUUCAAAUUAUUUUAUUUUUAUAUGCAAAUAUCAAGUUCGUCCAUGAGUGUCAUUGAUAUACAGAGUGGCCCAAAAGUCUGGAAACGACCAAUUAUCUCGUAAAUUGCUAGUCUUAAUUGUACAAAAUUUGGGGUAUACCUAUUUUGGGAUACGGUGAUUCAAGAUUUGAUAUUUGCAAUGUUGCCAGAUUUGCUGUUUCUCUUAAAUUAUUAGUCACUUUGGUUUUUCAAAUUUAUCACCCUAUAUAUUCAGUCACUAUUGGAAUCUCCUAUUCAAUACAAGUUCAACCAUAUGCAACACUUAUGAUUUUAUGUAGUCUGGAAGGUCUUAAAUAAAAUAUAAGUCUGGCAACGCCUAAUUUUCUCAAUAAAUUUUUUAAUACAAACUGUUUUCAACUACGUUAAAACGUAACAAUUGAAAGAUUAUAACAUUUUUACACAUAAUGGUUACUUUAUCAAGUGUUCAAAAUGUGCUCCAUUUGUGAGUUGACAGUACCCUAAUCGAUGGUAGCAUGUGUCUACCACAUUUCUCCAUAAUUGUCUUAUUUGUUUAAGACCUUCCAGACUACAUAAAAUCAUAAGUGUUACAUAUCGUUGAACUCGUAUUGAAUAGGAGAUUUCAAUAAUGACUGAAUAUACAGGGUGAUGAAUUUAAAAAACCAAAGUGACUAAUAAUAUAAGAGAAACGGCAAAUCUGACAACAUUGCAAAUAUCAAAUCUGGAAUCUCCGUAUCCCGAAAUAGGUGUAUCCCAAAUUUUGUACAAUUAGGAUUAGCAAUUUACGAGAUAAUUGGCCGUUUCCAGACUUUUGGGCCACUCCGUAUAUUUUUUCAGAUAACUAUAGAAUACAAUAUAUUAUAAUAUAUAAUAUUGUUGGAG